AUGGUCUUUGCUGAUAAGGAACCUCUGAAAGCCAUGAGCAAACCCUGGGUAGAGCUAGCACAUCAGUUUUCAUUUGCUGUCAACUUCAACAAAACCGGAGUUCCAGCCGUGAUACCUCCUCAUCUCCAUGUCACAGAGUAUCCGGACUUCAUGGAAAAGCCAGACAAACCCACAUACCAAUCCCACAACGUCAUUGGGAAGCUUUUUUCGAGAAGUGAAAGACACUGUCCUGCACACCAGCUGUGUCAAGUCCUUUACAAGUGGCACGCCAGUUUUAUGACCCUGAUUUGGAAGUGGACGGGUAUGAAGCUUACUUGCCCGACGCCUUCUACUUUAAGUGCAAUUACUACAAGUUGGGAAACCAGAUGA